CUGACGGGGCGCAUCUGUGACUAAAGAUCCCGUCUCUGAACGUCGAGACAUAGGGAUAUUCUCGCUCUCUCUUUUUUUUAGUCGCUUAAUGUUUUAUUAAUGAGAGAGAGAAAAAAAGUCGGGAGGUUUUAUUUUCUGUGGAUGAAUAAUUAACCUGACAACUCAAGCCCUCGUGCACAGAGGAGCAAUGACAUGAGAAGCUGAGCCACGGAUCGGCGCUCGCCUCCACCACCGGUAGAGAAAACAUAUAUAAUAUAUAUAUAAACUGCAGGUGUUUUGUUUUAGUUCGUCUUUUAGCUUUUUUUCGGCAUUUGAACUGGACGUAGUGGACUGUGACCAUGCUGGGAGCGGAGAGCAGAGUGGAGAGCCGGCUGAAGAAGCUGGAGUCCAUGGUGAAGAAUCCACUGUCGUCGCUUAACUUAUCAACGUUACUGGAUUCCAUGAAUGCCUUAGCUCAUGAUCUCAACUACCCAGUCCUGCGAAAGAACAAGAACAUUGAGGCAUUUCUGAACAGAUAUGAGAAGCUGGUGGAUGAACUGCGAGAGCUGCAGGUGAAGCUUGACGACUUUGAAAAAGUGAAGUUGAUUGGGAGAGGAGCCUAUGGUGAAGUACAGCUGGUCCGUCACAAGGCCUCGAAGAAGGUUUAUGCCAUGAAGCAGCUCAGUAAGUUUGAAAUGAUCAAAAGAUCAGAUUCGGCCUUCUUCUGGGAGGAGAGGCACAUCAUGGCAUUUUCCAACAGUCCCUGGAUUGUUCAGCUUUGCUGCGCUUUCCAAGAUGAUCAGAACCUCUACAUGGUGAUGGAGUUUAUGCCGGGCGGAGAUGUGGUCACGCUCACCAUAAACUACGACAUCCCCGAGAAGUGGGCUCGCUUCUACACGGCUGAGCUAGUGCUGGCACUGGAUGCCAUCCACUCUAUGGGCUUCAUCCACCGCGACAUUAAACCGGACAACAUGCUGCUGGACGGGCACGGACACCUCAAACUAGCCGAUUUUGGCACCUGCAUGAGGAUGAACUCGUCUGGUCUGGUGCACUGUGUGACAGCUGUAGGCACACCAGACUACAUCUCCCCUGAGGUGCUUCAGUCUCAAGGCGGUGAUGGGACCUACGGUCGGGAAUGUGACUGGUGGUCUGUUGGAGUUUCUCUGUAUGAAUUGCUUGUUGGCGAAACUCCAUUCUAUGCUGAGUCUCUCAUCGGAACGUAUGGGAAGAUCAUGAACCACCAUAACGCUCUGGUCUUUCCAGACGAUGUGGAGAUGUCUCAAAAUGCCAAAGAUCUCAUAAGUGCCUUUCUCACUGACAGGAAGGUUCGACUGGGCCGCACCGGAGUGGAUGAGAUCAAACGUCACCCCUUCUUCAAGGACGACCAGUGGACCUUUGACAACAUCCGUGACACUGUGGCUCCAGUGGUUCCAGAGCUGAACAGCGACAUAGACACCAGUAACUUUGAUGAAAUAGAGGUGGAAAAGGGAACUGCUGAGACUUUUCCUUCUCCCAGAGCCUUUGCGGGCAACCAGCUACCAUUUAUCGGCUUCACUUAUUUCAAGGAGGAUCAGCUCCUGAGUGGAACAGGCAGCAGCCCUGAGGAGGAUUCAGACAACUGCAAGGAAAACUGCAAGGACACAGAAAAUUCUCUGGAUAGCAAGAAAGAUCUGCAUAGAAAAGUUAAGCAGCUGGAGGAGCAGCUUGAUCAUGAGAUGCAGGCCAAAGAUGAACUGGAGCAGAAGUGCAAAAAUGCCACCAAUCGUUUAGACAAGCUGGUCAAUGAACUGGAUAAGGAGAUGAACAGUCGGCAGAAAAUGGAAGCCUCCAUGAGGCAGCUGGAGCGAGAGCGAGCCCUGCUGCAGCACCAGAGUGCGGAGAACCUCCGCAAGGUAGAAAUGGAAGCAGACAGAAAGCGCAUCCUGGAAAACGAAUUAAACAACUUAAGGGACCAAAUGGAGGACCUGAAGAAGAGGAACCAGCACUCACAAAUAUCUAAUGAGAAGAACUUCGAGCUGCAAAAGCAGCUCCAUGAAGCCAACGAUGCCCUGCAGGCCGAGCAUGAGGCGGUGGCUCGGCUGAAGAAGAGCCAGGCGGAGGCACAGAAACAAGCCCAGAGCCUCGAAGUCAGCCUCAGGGAGCUGGAGAAAAAGUGCAGCGGAUUGGAAGCGAGCAAGGCGGAGCAGGAGAAGCAGAUGAGGGGGCUGCAAGUCGAGCUGGAGGAGGAGAGGAGAGAACACAACAUCAGGACGGAGACCCUCGCUGACCUGCAGGGAACAAUUUUGGUCCUAGAAGACGAAGUGAAGGAGGUGAAAUCUUCUCUUUCCAAGGUCAAGAGUGAAAAAAAGGAACUACAGACAAAGCUAAACAAUCUCGAAAAGGAAAAGAACAACCGAGAGAUUGACCUAACGUUCCAGCUCAAGUCGCUCCAGCAGAGUCUGGAGCAGGAGGAGGCGGAGCAUAAGGCUACCAAAGCUAAACUCACAGAUAAAAGCAAAAUCUACAAAUCUAUCGAGGAGGCCAAAGCUGAGGCCUUAAAAGGGAUGGAGAGCACCCUGCAGGAGGAGCGCAACUUGAAGCUGCAGGUGGAAGAACAACUGCUGCAACUAAAGAAAGAGCACUCCAUGCUAGACUGUGAUCACAAGCAAGCAGAGCAAAAGCUGGAGGAGUUGCAGGCACAAAAGAAGAAACUUUCUGAAGAGGUGAUGGACCUCAACCACCGCCUGGAGCAGGAGACCCGCAAGCGAAGUUUGAGCCAGUCCGAUCUGAAAGCGCAGAAACAGCAGGUGUCGGCGCUCGCCUCCUCAGAGAAACAGCUCAAACAGGAACUCAACCAACUGCUGGACAUGAAGCAGAGCCUGGAGAAGCAGAACCAGGAGCUACGCAGGGAAAAGCAAGAGGCUGAUGGCCAGCUGAAGGAACUGAAGGACCAGCUGGAGGCAGAGCAGUAUUUCACAACCCUUUACAAGACACAGUUUCGUGAGCUGAAGAAUGAAUGUGAUGAGAAGAAUAAGAUGUAUAAAGAGGUGCAGCAGCAGCUGGCAGAAUACCAGGAGGAAAGGGAUUCUCUGGCAGCACAGCUGGAAAGCAGUUUGACCAAAGCGGAUUCUGAACAACUGGCUCGCUCCAUUGCCGAGGAGCAGUACUCGCUUCUGGAGAAGGAGAAGAUCAUGAAGGAGCUGGAGAUCAAGGACAUGAUGGCGAGACACAAACAGGAGCUGAGUGAGAAGGAGGCCACCAUCGGCUCGCUGGAGGAGUCCAACCGAACUUUGACAGUGGACGUGGCCAACCUGGCCAGUGAGAAAGAAGAGCUGAACAACCAGCUCAAAGACCUUCAGCAAGAACUGCAAAAAGCCAAAGAGUUGAAGGAGGAGCUGGAAAGUCUAAAAGUGACUUUUGAGAGACAAGUACAGACUGAAAGGACUCUGAAAAUUCAGGCUGUGAACAAGCUGGCCGAGGUGAUGAACCAGAAAAAGGAGAAGGGGCGAGGGGGCGUCCGAGCUGUCGACUCAGAGGUGCACAAGAAGGAGAAGGAGAACAGGAAGCUGCAGCUGGAGCUGAAAGCAGAGAGACAGAACCUUAACAGCAUCAUCUUCAAAUACCAGAAGGAGCUGGAUGACAUGCAGGCGAUGAUGAUCGAAGAGACCCACAUGCGCCAGGACCUGCAGAUGGCUCUGGAUAGUAAAGACAGCGACAUCGAGCGGCUUCGGUGUCAGAUUACGUCCCUUAGUGUUCACUCUCUGGACUCCACCAGCAUCAGCAGCAUCAACGAUUUGGAAAUGGCGGACGGAUUCCCAGUGAGCAUUACUCACUCUCACACCGCCGAGUCAAUGUCCUUCACCUACCAGCGCACGCACAAAUCUGUCCGCGUUGACACUCGGCCCAACCUUCACUUAACCCGGGCUCUGUUUGACUCUGAGUCCGAAGAUGAGGAAGAAGACAAAGAGCCUAAGGAGCAUUGGCAGCGCCCUCUGGCUCUGACCUAUCUGCCGUCCCGUGAGCCAGAAGCUGGAGAUUCCAGGCUGGAGGACUGGAUCUCACUUCCUUCCAAAAACACAAAGCGAUUUGGCUGGGACAAAAAAUAUGUGGUCAUAAGCAGUAAGAAAAUCUUGUUUUACAACAGUCAGAUGGACCAAGAACAAGCUAACCCGUUCAUGACCCUGGACAUCGAUAAGCUAUUUCACGUUCGACCCAUCACUCAAACUGACUGUUACCGAGCAGACGUCAAAGAAAUCCCUAGAAUAUUCCAGCUCUUGUAUGCCAAAGAGGGUGAGAGCAAACGUGACCAGGAGGCGGUGGAGGAUCCCGCACCUUGCGAACGAUCCAACUACAUUAUGCACAAAGGUCAUGAGUUCAUCAGCACCAUGUACCACUUGCCCUGCAGCUGUGAGGCUUGCGUCCGGCCCCUGUGGAAUGUCUUCAAACCUCCGGCGGCCCUCGAGUGUCGCUGCUGCCAUACCAAGUACCACAAAGACCAUCUGGACAAGAAAGAAGACGUUAUUGCUCCAUGCAAAGUGAACUACGAUAUGUCCACUGCCAAAGAGCUGCUGCUGCUGACCAGCUCCCAGACGGAACAACAGCGUUGGGUCAAUCACCUCCUCAAGCGCAUCCCGAAGAAAAAUCCAACACUAAGUCCUCCGCCGGUAGCAGGGAACAGCCCCGAUCAGUACCUGCCACGCUCCUCUCCUCACGUGUCGCCGGAGUCUUCCCCCAAGGUCUCUCCUCGCCUGUCCCACCGCCGCGCCAUGAAAAAACCGUCCGCCAGACAGCCGCAGACAUCAGACAAGUCCAGCACUGGCCCUAUGCUCCGCAUCAUUCUCCACUGACCCCUGAACUCCUCACCUCUGACCCCACAUUUCUAAAAUCUCUCACACUUGGAGACUGCUGCUUGAGUUAGACCUGAAAGACUGGAGUUGGUCGAUCGAUGAUGAUGAUGAUAUUUUCUUCUGAAAUCGCAGAGUCAGAGGUUAACCCCGGCUGUGUUUUCAUCCAUGUGGAUUGUAUGGACCCAGUUGCCUGCACAUGAAGAGUAAAGGGGGGGGAAGCCUGAAAAUAAUAGCGAAACACAUGACAGAGAUUCAGAUUAACUGGCUGUUGUCAUGAGAACUGGGAUGGUUUUUGUCAUUUUUGAUGAGAGGAAACUCAACCACAUCUUCAUAAUGAGACGGCCUUUUUUAUAUUCACCGAUGGACUCAUUCAAAAUCAUUUGUGACAUGUUCUGCUUCUUUAUGAACACUAAAAGCAGACCUGAUAUUAUAUGAUUGUUACAUUUUUAUGGGUAUUGCAGGGGCAUAUUAUAUAGGGUAUCCUGUAAAUGUAUGAACAGAGUUUUAGAGAGGGAGGGCUUACCCUUUUUGAGCCUUAAUGUCCUGGACUUGUUUUAUCACACUAAAUAUAGCCAUCACAGCAUUAUGGAAUAAUGUGAAAUGUAUUUCUUCUUUCAGUUCAGUAUUCAGGACAUUAAAAAGAAAACAUACAAAACUUACAAGGA